AUGGUGACAUCGACGAGCAAGGAGUUGUCGGCAGUGGUCGGCAACCAGGUGUUGGAGCUGAGCUUGUACGACGACGCGUGGACACCGAGCGUCAAGACGCUGAAUGAUCAGUAUCCUCUCGUGGUGUUCAGCAAGACGUACUGCCCGUUCUCAAAACGUGGCAAAGCUCUUCUCGAAUCGUACAAGCUGGUACCGCCCCCGAAAGUUGUCGAAGUAGACCUGCGAGGGGAUGGGACGACCAUCCAGACGAUACUCGGCCGGUUAACCGGCCGGCGCACCGUACCCAAUGUCGUACUCAAAGGUAAUUCGAUAGGCGGCUCAGAUGACAUCCAUGCUCUGCACGCUCAGGGAAAGCUCAAACCCCUGCUGGAAAGCGCGGGAAUAAAAGUUACGGGCAUUUGA